CUUUGAUGCUAGUCAACAUGUCUUCAUCGGAGGCUAAUAAUGGCCCGAGCCAAGCACCACCUUAUCCAGGUGUUCCACCCUCAGGGAUGCCUCCACCCUUUAUGGGACCACCAGGAAUGCCACCUCAUUUCCCUCCAAUGGGAAUGCCCCCUAUGGGACAGAGACCUCCCAACAUGACGCCUAUGCCACCUGGUAUAAUGCCCCCAGGUAUGAUGCCACCAAUGGGUGGGCCUCCAAUGGGACAGAUGCCAGGCAUGAUGCCACCUAUGAUGCCAGGGAUGAUGAUGCCCCCUCGCAUGCCAACUGCAGCGAUACAGCCAGCAGGACCGCCUGGUGUGGACUCCACAGCUGCUGCACCCGGGACAACUAGCACUACAAAUGGAUCUCCGCAGGAAGAUCAGCCAAAGAAGAAGUCUGUGUGGACGGAGCACAAAUCAAUGGAUGGAAAGACCUACUAUUACAACACGGAGACCAAGCAGUCCACCUGGGAGAAACCGGAUGAUCUCAAGUCUCCUGCAGAACAAAUGCUGUCUAAAUGCCCUUGGAAGGAGUACAAGUCAGACACAGGGAAGCCGUACUAUUACAACUCUCAGACUAAGGAAUCCAGAUGGACCAAACCCAAAGAACUGGAGGAUCUGGAAGCUAUGAUCAAAGCAGAGGAGAAUGGGACGGUGGAGGCUGCAGCUCCUGGUACUACCUCGGUCCCUGUUCUGCAAGUGGAGCCCGUUGUGGCCAUGACAAACGCAAUGGAGGCAGAGGUGCCAACAGUGGUCUCAGAGGAACACCUGUCCCAGGCAGCUGCGCAUCCCACAGCUGAGGUCAACCCUAUAGAUGUACCUGCGAUGGCAUCAGAGAGCAUAGCCCCUGUUGAAGUCCCAGUCAGUGUUGAGGUUGCUAAGGAAGAGCGCCCUGAACUUCAGAAAAAGACCUACAAGUGGAACACUAAAGAGGAGGCCAAGCAGGCCUUCAAAGAGCUGCUGAAGGAGAAGGGUGUAUCAUCAAAUGCCUCUUGGGAGCAAGCCAUGAAAAUGAUUAUCAACGACCCUCGCUACAGUGCCCUUCCUAAACUGAGUGAAAAAAAGCAGGCAUUCAAUGCCUACAAAGUCCAGACAGAGAAAGAGGAGAAGGAGGAGGCUAGAAUUAAGUACAAGGAGUCCAAGGAGACCUUCCAGAGGUUCUUGGAGAACCACGAGAAGAUGACGUCUACCACUAGAUACAAGAAAGCGGAACAGAUGUUUGGUGAGCUGGAGGUGUGGAGUUGUGUGCCAGAGAGAGACAGACUGGAGAUCUAUGAAGAUGUCUUGUUCUACCUGGCCAAGAAAGAGAAGGAGCAAGCUAAGCAGCUGAGGAAAAGGAACUGGGAGGCUCUGAAGAACAUUCUAGACAACAUGGCCAAUGUUACUUACCGUACCACCUGGUCUGAGGCCCAGCAGUACCUGCUAGACAACCCCACCUUUGCAGAGGAUGAAGAGCUACAGAAUAUGGACAAAGAAGAUGCACUAAUCUGUUUUGAGGAGCACAUCCGGGCACUGGAGAAGGAAGAGGAGGAUGAGAAGCAGAAGACUCUCCUCAGGGAGAGGAGACGACAGCGUAAGAACCGCGAGUCCUUUCAGAAAUUUCUGGAUGAGCUACAUGACCACGGUCAGCUCCACUCCAUGUCUGCCUGGAUGGAGAUGUACCCGACCGUAAGCGCCGACAUCCGCUUCGCCAACAUGCUGGGCCAGCCAGGUUCCACCCCCCUGGACCUUUUCAAAUUCUAUGUGGAGGACUUGAAGGCCCGUUACCACGACGAAAAGCGGAUCAUCAAAGACAUCCUCAAGGACAAAGGCUUCUUGGUUGAGGUCAACACCAGCUUUGAGGACUUUGGCUCAGUCAUCAGUUCAGAUAAGAGAGCCACCACGCUGGAUGCAGGCAACAUCAAGCUGGCCUUCAACAGCUUACUGGAGAAGGCUGAGGCCAGAGAAAGGGAGCGAGAGAAGGAGGAGGCGAGGAAGAUGAAAAGGAAAGAGGCAGCCUUCAAGAGCAUGCUGAAGCAGGCCACACCGCCACUGGAGCCAGAAGCAUCAUGGGAAGGCGUUCGAGAAAGAUUCCUUAAGGAAUCGGCCUUUGAAGACGUGACUCUUGAGUCAGAGAGAAAAAGGAUAUUCAAAGACUUCAUGCAUGUCUUGGAGCAUGAAUGCCAGCAUCAUCACUCCAAGACAAAGAAACACUCAAAGAAGUCCAAAAAGCACCACAGGAAGCGAUCCCGCUCUCGAUCGGGCUCGGAGUCUGAGGAUGAUGACUAUCACCAAAAAAAGAGCAAGAGAUCCCGGUCCAAGUCCCCGUCUGAGCGCUCCUCCAGUGGAGAGUCAGAGAGAAGUUAUAAGAAGACCAAGAAGCAUAAGAAGAAGGGCAAGAAGAGACGCCACAAGUCUGCCUCUCCUGAGUCAGAAGGAGAAAAGAAAGGAAGGGAGCGGGAUGGAAAGCGUGAAAAGGACCAGGAAAAAGAUAAAGAGAAUGACAAGUCGCGGGGGAAAACUCACUCCGACUCCAAACAGAAGUCUCCUAAAAGGAAAGCUGCCAAAGAGGAGGGUGGAUGGGACACGUCGGGCAGCGAGCUGAGUGAAGGAGAGCUGGAGAAGAGGAGGAGGACUUUACUGGAGCAGCUGGAUGCACCUUAACCACCCCACCGCGCCCCCCCAUGUCUUCACUGUUCCACUUCUGUGAACAUGCAUUCCCCUCCAUUCUUAUCUGACUACUCUCGACACAAAUGCCACGGUCAGACUGUGAGACUCCUUCCUCGGUUACUUUUCAGAACGUUUUGUAACGAGUUCAGACGCGUCCUUGGCCAGCGGUUACCUUGAUAGGCGGAAGGAUGCAGCUAUGGUCGUGUCACAUUGCCCGUUUGUUGCCUUGUUUAUGCUUAGGUAUGUUUUUUAGUUAACUGUAGUUGUAUAUGUUUUAAUUUGCUAAUAAAUUUGUUGAAUUGAAAGCAUAUCUUUAUCCCAUCCAAAACGAUUGUCUUGCAGAGCCUGUCAUCUCUAGUAACCUUUUCGUGAGCAGACAGUUGUCCACUUGGAACGAUCUACAGCCCCAGGACUACUGGGGAGUAUUUGAUUUGCAGCUUAAUGCCGGCCUGAUUGCAUAAGCGUUUGAAUGGCGCGUCUGUUCUGUACACGUAAUAAAAUACUUU